UCGCAGGGGGCGUCUCUCUCUCUCUCUCUCUCUCUCUCUCUCUCUCUCUCUCUCUCUCUCUCUCUCUCUCUCUCUCUCUCUCUCUCUCUCUCUCUCUCUCUCUCUCUCUCUCUCUCUCUCUCUCUCUCUCUCUCUCUCUCUCUCUCUCGCUCACUCUCACACGCCCUCGCGCAAACAAUCGACUGAGGAGAAAGGGGGUAUGGGAUGUGCUGUGCUGCCUUCUGACGUCACCGACUCCUCUGCACUCGGAACUGCCAGCCAGUCAGCGUUAGGGAUGCUCUGAGGAAAGACUGCAGCAUCUCCACCGAGAGAGGACAAAAAAAAAUCGCAUCUCUCUUCUUCUUCUCCAGCAGCUUUGUUUCCGUCCACAGCUUCUCCCCUCCGGACCCUUACCACCGACAACCCGACCCCCCUCACCACCACCGCGCACCUUCGGGUGUUUACAUGACCGCGUUGAGCCCAUAAGGAUCAAAAGAACGACAAAAAAGCAGUUUUUUAUUCUGCCGUCCUUUUUUCUUCCUUUUACACCCGAAUUGAUUCCUGCCUCCUUUUUUUGUUGUCCCGGUUGUGCGUGUGUUUUAUUUAUCGCUUUAUUCCCCGCGCCCGUCGCUGCACCGAGGACCACGGAGAAGCGCCAUCAUCCCGCACACACUGCCUGACAUGUGUACGCGCUUUUAUGUUGCCGCGGAAUGACAUAUCCUACACCACGUAUCACGGGGUUGAUGGCCGACUGACGCAGCAUUUGUACGUCAAGUAGAGUUUAGACUUAUUUACGGAGAGGCGAGAGAAAAAAAAAGGCUUCGAGGAUCUGUUUUUUUUGGAGCAAACAUCCGCCCGCUCCUGCAUCGCCUCACGGGCUAAACACACGCGUCCUGCAUACUGCCUAGCAUCUCCUCGCGUCGGCGACACAGCAACGCACCGCGACACCGACCACGGUCGCGUUUCUUUUUUGAAUUCCCUAAAUCGCCUUUUCGUCCUCUGAGGAAGACUCCCCGUGCGGAAGGCUACGUCGCGUUGCGUUACUAGGGGGGAUUUAAACGCAACAGUCGCAUCCUUAAAACCAAGCUUACAAAAUGAUGGCCGGCGGAGCAGUACAACAAAACGGGAUUUUCUCAAAUCCUCACCACCACAAUCAACAACCGCACAUGGAGUCCGACCCUCCGGAUUCCCGUAAGAGACCGCUCGAGACCCCCACGGAGGCGAGCAGCACUAAGCGCACCAACACAGGAGUGGCCUACCUGCAGCCCCUUUUUGAAACUGAAGCCAUUGUAUUCCCUCACCAAGAAACUGAAACUCAUGAGGAAGGCGAGUACUUCCUGAAGGUGCUGAUCCCCAGCUACGCGGCCGGCUCCAUCAUCGGGAAAGGAGGCCAGACCAUCGUCCAGCUGCAGAAGGAGACCGGAGCCACCAUCAAGCUGUCUAAAUCCAAAGACUUCUACCCUGGUAAGACAGCAGCCACUCUGUUGGCUCCACACAGCCCCCAAAACACAGACCUCCCUCCCAGGCGGCCUUGUCUCACGAUGGGGGGGCAGGGGGGCCACGAUGACGACCAUGACGAUGAUGAGGAUGAUGUCAUGGCGUGGGUCGCAGGGACCUAG